GGCGACGCCACACGCAGAUACUUCGAUUCUUCCUCAGAUUUGUCAUUCUUCAAAUUUUUUAUAGGAAGCUGCCAUUUUCAAAGCUCAAACAGGAGAUCAAAUGAAAGAAAGGGUAGGUUUUAAGUCAAUUUUUUCUUUUUUAACAGAUAAGCUCUAAGGGUGUGUUUGGAUAGUAUUAGUAAUGAGAGAAAAGAAAAGAAAAGAAAGGACAGUAUUAGUGAGAAAAGAAAAGAAAAGAAAAGAAAUGAUAGUAAUAAUUUCUAUUUGUGUUUGGAUAGAUAGGAGAGAAAAGAAAAAAAGUGAUAGUUAUUUUUGUUUGGAUAAGAUAGAGGAGAGAAAAGAAAAGAAAGGAUAAUAAACAAAUUACUUUUUUACCCUUUCAUAACCAUGGGACUUGAAUGGAAUAAUAAAUCCGUCUAUUGAUUUGUGGAGGCUAAUUUUGGUAUUAUCAAAAUACCACUAAAAUCACUAUCCUUUCUCUCACUAUCUCUCCCUAUCUUCUCAAUUUUGAGGAGAAAGCAAAUAAGAGAUAGGGAGGGAUAGCUAUCCCUCCCUAUCUCUCCUUAUCCCUCCCUAUCCCUCCACUUAAGUUACCCAAACACAAAGUUACACUAUCCUCUCUUUUCUUUUCUCUCCCUAUCCCUCCUAAUCAACCCUACCAAACACACCCUAAGAGAUGGUGCGUGCAAGAUGUGGUGGAGUGGGCGACGCCACACGCAGCUACUUCGAUUCUUCCUCAUGUUUAUCAUUCUUCAAAUUUUUUAUAGGAUUAGUUACUCCAAUUAAACAAAAAGGUCAUUUUCUGAUCAAUAUAAGUCAAGGUUAUGCCCUUCUCCUCUCACGCACAAACCCUUUCUUUCAUUUGAUCUCCUGUUUAAGCUUUGAAAAUGGCAGCUUCCUGUAUUUACGAUGUGUUCUUGUCUUUCAGCGGUGUUGAUACUCGCAAGAAUUUUACGGCCCACCUCUUGGCCGCUUUGGAGCGCCAUGAUUUAUACACUUUCAGAGAUGACACUAAACUCACCAGAGGAGAAGAAAUUGGUCCCGAAUUGCUCAAAGCAAUCGAGCAAUCUAAGGUUUCCAUUAUCAUAUUCUCCAAAAGCUACGCGUCCUCAAGAUGGUGCCUUGAUGAGCUUGUAAAGAUCAUGAAUUGCAAGAGGAGAUUUGGUCAGAUUGUUAUUCCCAUCUUCUAUGACAUCCAACCCUCCGACGUUCGCUCACAAAGGGGUUGUUAUGAAGAAGCAUUUGCAAGUCACGAAAAGCGGUUCGACAUGAAAAUGGUGAAGAAUUGGAGGUCGGCUCUUAAAGAAGCUGCCAAUUUGUCCGGUUACGACCUGCAAAAUAUGGCCAACGGGUGCGAGUCAACGUUUAUUGAGACUGCUGUUCGAGAAGUCGCAGAUAAACUAAAUCUGACGUGUUUAAGUGUUGCGGACUACCCAGUUGGAAUAAAACCUCGUGUUAAAAAACUAAGUGAGUUUCUAAAGUUGGGAUCAAAUAGUGAUAAUGUUAGGAUUGUUGCCAUAUGGGGGAUUGGUGGAUCAGGAAAGACUACAAUUGCUAAAGCUAUGUAUAAUCGCAUACAUCGCAUUCAUGAAUUUGAAAGCAGUAGCUUUCUUGCAAAUGUUGGACCAACUUCCAUGCAACCUAACGGGUUUGUUGAAUUACAAGAAAAGCUUCUUUGUGAUCUCCGAUUGGAUGGAAAUCAGAGAAUAAGAAGCCAGGAUUAUGGAAUUGAGGUGAUAAAACGGCGAGCAUGGUGUCGAAAGGUUCUUCUUGUUCUCGAUGAUGUGGAUAACAUCCGGCAAUUGAGGGCAUUAGCCAUAAAUCGUGAUUUGUUACGUUCUGGAAGCAUAAUCAUAGUAACAACUAGAAAUUUGUCUUCAGUAAGUUCGCUUCAGGUGGAUGAGGUGUAUAAGCCUAAGGAGUUGAAUAGGGAGGAAUCCCUUCAACUCUUCAGUUGGCAUGCCUUUAGAAGAGACCAGCCUGUAGAAGACUAUGAGAUCCUCUCUGAGGAAGUUGUGAGUUAUGCUAAGGGGCUUCCUUUAGUUCUUGAAAUUUUAGGUUCCUUUUUGUCGGACAAAACUGUACCUGAAUGGAGAAGUGAAUUGAAGAAGUUGAAAAAGAUCCCAAAUAAUGAUGUUCAGGGAAAACUUAGGCUGAGUUUCGAUUCACUUGAUAAUGAACAAAGGGGUUUAUUCCUAGAUAUUGCAUGUUUUUUUUUGUUGGAAUGGACCAAGACUUGUCAAUCAAAACACUAGGAGGCUGCGGUUUCUUCCCAGAAUCUGGAAUUGGGGUUCUAUAUCGUCGUUGUCUUGUAAGCAUUGAUCGGCAUAACCGGCUGAUGAUGCAUGAUCUGAUUCAAGACAUGGCUAAAGAAAUCGUCCGCCAAGAAUCCCUUGAAGAGCCUGGUGAACGUAGUAGGUUAUGGUAUCAUGAAGACGUUCUUGAUGUACUGAAAAAUAAUACUGGGACGAAAGCAAUUCAAGGUUUAGUCCUGAACUUGCCUGAAUCAGAGAAGGUAAAACUAAAAGCAAAGGCAUUUACGAAGAUGGAGAGGCUGAGACUGCUUCAUCUCAAUAAUGUCCAUCUAAGAGGAAGCUACAAACAUCUCUCUAGAAGACUUGUAUGGCUAUCCUGGAAAGGAUUUUCUUCAAAUUAUAUACCAUCAAACUUAAUUAUGGAUAAUCUAGUUGCCCUUGACUUGAGCUAUAGCAAGCUGAAACAAGUAUGGAGAGGAACGAAGGUUUUGUACAGAUUGAAAUACCUCAAUCUCGGCCAUUCCUAUUUCUUGAUCAAUACUCCAGACUUCACAGGGUUCGCCAGUCUUAAGGAAUUGUUACUUAAUGAUUGUACAGAGCUGGUAGAGGUUCACCAAUCUAUUGAACAUCUGAAAAAUCUUGUUGUCUUGAAUUUGAAGAAUUGCCAUAAUCUUCAGAAGAUUCCCCUGAGCAUUUUCAUGUCGAAGUCUUUACUUCAUGUCAAUCUGUCCGGCUGCUCCAAAUUAGAGUGGCUAGCAUUUUUUCAAGGAUCCCCACCUGAAUCAAGAUUUUCAUCGUUACAGUUAUCAGGUAACAUCAGGAAAUUACAUAUGGAAGACUGCAAUAUAGCAUAUGUGCCCAGCGAAAUUUGUAAUUUGGUGUCCUUCAAAUUUUUGAAUCUUAGCCAAAACAAUUUUUCUAACCUACCAGCUACCAUAAGUAGCCUUCAGCUUCUCAAGGCCCUCUCUGUAAGUAAAUGUACUCGGCUUGAAUCGAUUCCAGAGCUUCCAGUAAAUUUAUUGACAUUGCAUGCAAACUACUGCACAUCAUUGCAAAGCAUAGAAAUAGAAUCAAAAUCAGCAGAAACAUCAUUGAGGAGAUUUUACCAUUGUCCCGACUGUUGUGCAUAUAAAUUUAGUAGAAAUCUCUGUUAUCAGGUAUGCUACGCUCUGUCUCUGUCUCUGUCUCUGUCUCUCUGUAUAUGUAGUACUAGAAACCAAGCCUCAGCUCGUGGGUUUAAUGUAGGGACUGCGAUAAAAAGGAGCGUUGAAUAUUUUUCUUAACGGGCUUCCGAGUUGGUGCAACUACCAGAGUGAGGGAGUCGUUUUAAGUUUUCAGGUGCCUCUGCUUCUGGGUGGAAUAAUUUUCUUGAGACAGGGUAAUGAAGUGAAAGGUAGUCUGGUUUACAAGGGGUA